AUGCUUGAUGCUUUAAUACCAGGUAUACAAGAUCAUACACUUUCUCCUCAAGAUCGUUUUGGUAUUCAAACAGAUGUUUAUGCAUUAGCACGUUCUGGUCAUAUUAAUUAUGUUGAUUAUUUAAGAUUACUUCGUCAUGCAUAUAAACAUGAAGAUAAUUUAACUGUUUGGAAAUCUAUAUUAAAACAAUUAACUGAUCUUAAUUCAAUAAUCGAUUAUGCUCAUAUUGAUAAUAUAAAAAAAUAUUUUCAAACAUAUAUAUGUGAUCUUUUAUCAAAUAUUUAUAAUAAAUUAGAAUGGGAUCCAUUACCAAAUGAAGGUUUACAAGCAGCUAUGCUUCGCGAUAUAAUAUUAAUACAAAUGGGUAUUAAUGGACAUAAUAAAACACGUGAAGAAGCACAUAAACGUUUUCAAAUAUUAUUAAACAGUAAUAAUCAAAAUCAUCAUUCAAUUAAUCCAAAUAUUCGUGCAGGAAUUUAUUUAACUGUUGCUAAAACAGGAAAUCAAGAAAUAUUCGAACAACUUAAAUCGCUUUAUCGUAAAGCUGAUACACAAGAAGAAAGUAUUCGUUUAUUAACUGCACUUUGUCGUUUUGAUGAUGAAAUGAUUCAACGUCAAGCUCUUGAAUAUAUUUGGAAUAGAAAUGAAGUUCGAAAACAAGAUCAUUUAAAGGCAUUUGUUUCAUUAGCAUCACAUAAUCGUAAAGGUUGUGAAAUAACAUGGAAAUAUAUGCAAGAUAAUUGGAAUAAAAUUGAAGAUAUUUAUGGUGAACAUGAUACACAUUUAAUUCAUUUUGUUGAACAUGUACCAAGUCAUUUUGUUACUGAAGAACGUGCAGAAGAAGUUCGAAAAUUUCAUAUUGAUCAUCCAAAUCCAUUAUUAGAUAGACCAGUUAAAAAAGUUCUCGAACAAAUCAAUAUUCGACGACUUGUUCUUGAACGUCAUGAACAUACUAUUCAUCAAUUUCUUAUUACUUAA